CAGGUGACAUGACUUUUGUGUCCCAUAUAUUUUUGUACCUUUCUCCUUUCUAAUAAAUAAUAAACAUGAACAUAGCCAUCUGACGCUGGGCUGAUCAUCUGCUUUAAAAGGACAUAGUAGAAACUUUGUUGCCGAUAAUUUGGAAUAUAAAAGUAUAUUAUUACUAUAAAGAUGGAUCAUUUAGCCCAAGAUCUCACAAUUGCUUUGGAAGAAUCAGAAACUUGUGGGCCUUUGAUAACAAAUGGUGGAAAAUGGGGCAUGAGACGUAGGACAAGAUCUGCAGGAAAUUUGCAUUUGUAUGUAAACAAGCCAGGGGAGAAUCAUUCAGAUGAGAGUUCUAGCAGUAAUUCGGAAAUAAAGGGUGACAAACAUCGCAAUAAAUUGAUUAGUUUCCAUCAGUCCGACUCUGACGAUAUGUCAUUCAGUAUUACUGUAGCUAAAGCUUUAAAUCAGAGGACAUCAUUGAGAAUGAAACAUCCCAUACAUAAUUUUUUUCGAGGUGUCAGUCAUAGUCUUGAGAGUGACUCGGUGAAUGAACAUUCUCCGGCCAGACCAAACCUGAGACGGAAAAGGAAAUUGAAACGAAUGAGCAUCGAUGAAACACCUAUCCCCCCAUGCGGGAAAAGGAAGCGAUCGCAUAGAUUAGAAGUUGUGGAUAACGGCAGGUCUAUAAGGCACAGCUCAAAGAUUAGACCGUUGCAUCAGAGUAUUGUGGAUAAAAUUGAAAAGUUUUGUAAUCCGUCUGGUGGAGUGGAUGAUGUCAAUUUAAUGGAAACUCAGAGUAUCGAUGAAAAUUGUGACGCAGGAAGCGAGAGUAGUAUUAGCUGGAGUGGCGGAGAGGGCCACGAGGGGGAUGAUGAACUCACUGAUUGGGCUCCGUCUAUCGAUAACCCGUCUGUCAUGGAUCCAACUUCGUUCAACGAAUCUGAUUCUAGGGAAAUGCGAGCAGUUAUUCCAGGUUGUAGACGAUUGGGAGAAGAGAGACGCGGUUUCAGCAUAAGUACUGGCUCAAAUGCGAGAGUUGCAAAAUUUCUGCAGGAUACCUCCAAGUCAGAGUUACGGUUAUAUGGAGCAGAGAGAGAAAAAUUGGGACAGUUGGCAGCUUUGUAUUCAUUGGAUUUGUGGUUCGAAAGUCCAAGCUCUUCGUUGCUACGAAAGACAGACAAAACUCCUGCUAUGCAGCCUACUCAGAGGCACCAUUCAGGUUUGAAUGCAAUACAUAAGAGAAUCAGAACACAUAAUAACCAUGUAGUACAAUGAGUUUCUUUGUCUAUUCAUCUGUAUUGCUCAGAUAUGUGUUCAAUAGCUGAAAAUCAUUUGUAACAAAUGAACUGUAAUUCCGGAUAUUCAUGAUAGGGUUUCAUUGAAUUUUUAUACAGUGAUAUUGAUUGGUACAACACCAGCAAAUGCAUUUUGAGUGAAUUAUACGAAGCAUAAUGUCAGUACAAAUUGAUCAAAUAAAAAUAUUGCGGUAAUUAAUUUUAAUCCUUCGUUAUUAAUCCAUUACACUUGAUUGAACUUUGUGAACAGUUUCCGUUUUGAUUUUAUAUUUCUGUACUGUUUGUACAACAGAAAGGAAUAACGUUUUUAGUUGAUAAUGAUAUGUAUUGGUUUUGUAUAACUCGGUAAACCCAGAGGAGUCUGUACGGGUAUAGAAUAUUCAUUAUUAGAUUUCAGUAGAUUUGUACAUAAUUGAUGUUAUCUUUGAUGUUAGUAAUGAUAAUGGGUAGGGUAUAUUGUGAAUGGGUGGGGUAUAGUGUGAAAUUUCCAUUUGUUACUUUUUGGACCCGUAUUCCAUGUAGGGUCACAAUCGGAAGAGUGAUCUCACUAGCAUUUGUAAAUUCCCAUUUAACCCAUUUUGUCUCACUCACAUAGUAAUCCAAUGUGUUGGUAUCCGGUGUUUCUAACAAUGCAAUGCCCUAGUAAUGUUAUCAAACUUGUUUAUUCUAUUUUCAUAUAUAGUACAUAUUGUUGCCGCUUUCCAUUCUUCUGGUACCUUUUCCUCUUCCCAAAUCUUUUUUAUGGGGGCGUGUAUUUGCCCCCAUCAUUUCAUGCACUCCUCCUGCUUUCAUCAUUUUCGCUGUUAUUGGUGUUGCUCCUGUAUUUUUUAUAUUUUUGUCUUUUAAUAAUUCUUGGAAGUAUGUUUUUCAUAUAAGUUACUGUUUAUAAUACUUAACCCUCCAAAGUUCUCUGUUACCAAUACCAAAAUUGCUAAGUGAAUAAGUUCUGAAAUAAUGUGGUCUUCAAGUUUCAUUAUAUAACUUUCUCUACAGAUUUGAAAAAGUGUUAUUAUUCUAUUCUAUUCAUAAAAAAAUAUGAAUGAUAUGGAGGAAUAAUAAAAAAUAUAAAUAUUUUGUUACAUACUGUAAUAUAUAAAAAACCAAAAGUGAUAUCACUAUUUCAAGAAUAGCAGGGUUAGGCAAUAAUAGAAAUGUAAAAUGUUCCUUUUCACCUAAAACCAGUGGGUCCAAAAUCAGUUUGAGACAAUGAUUGCUAGAUCACUUUGCUAAUUGUUGCUUCAUUUUUGAAAAGAAUGUGCUGCACGGACCCAUGACCGCUAGUUUGGAAAAAAACUAAAAAAUCGAUUGAUAUUCACCAUAUACUCUUUGAUGAUACAAACAUAGAGAUUUUAAUAUUCAUUGAAUGAAAGUAAUUUUUUGUGGAGAUAAACCAGUUUUUUAUCGGCCUUUUUUGGGUAUUUUCAUAUUUUUCAGAUUGUGGAAGGUGAAACUACCCAAAAAAGCUCGAUAAAAAUCCUAAUAUUCCUUUUAGCCAACUAAAAUUUAUUUGGUAAACUACUUCAAUAACGUGAUAUGUUGAUGGGGAUACAAUUUUUCGUUUUCUAUAAAAACUAUUGAUUAUUAAGUUGAUGUUUUAGUAGAUUAGCACUUGAUCCUUUGACACGAAUAGACACCUUUUUUGAAUUCUUAGAAGGUGUCAGUGACUGUGUAACUGAAAAAUUUAGUGUUCGUUUUUAUGAUUAAUCUGAAUUCAUAGUUUAGCCCGUAUUAAAUCUUGUAUAUAGUAUUUGUUGUUAUGUCUAAUAAUUGUCGAAUAAAGGGUUUUGAAUCUAA